AUCUACCAGUUGCAUUUUAUCAAAAUGGGAACUCUAUCCUAUCCAAAAGAAUGAAUGCCAAUAGCUUCACGCAAUCACCUAGCUGCUUUAAUUUGAAAAGAUUUGUUGGAGAUGACUGAUGGGAAAUAUCUACAGCAUAGUACACUACCGUUUUAAGGUUUCAAAGAGUCAUUGCAGUUUCUUGCUGUUGGAUUGUAUUGUAUUGUACAUAUGGUGACCUGCAGAUUGUACUGUUGCAGCUUCCACCUGGUGAGGUGCGACAACACUCAGAUCCAUGAUAUUGCCAUAUACGGCGACUUCAACACGCCUAACAAUGACGGGAUAGACAUAGAAGAUUCCAAUAACACGGUCAUCAAACGAUGCCACAUUGACACAGGAGAUGAUGCAAUUUGUCCCAAGACAUCAAACGGGCCAUUGUACAACUUGACUGCAACGGAUUGCUGGAUUCGGACUAAAUCUUCUGCGAUCAAGUUCGGGAGUGCUAGCUGGUUCGACUUCAAAGGGCUGGUCUUUGACAACAUUAACAUCGUGGAUUCUCACAGGGGGCUUGGAUUCCAGAUGCGAGAUGGAGGUAAUUCUUUAGUUGUGUCUUUAAAUGGCUUGUUGGUAGUUGAUACUGAAAGAGAAAGUUGCCUGUGUGUUAGAAAAGAGCCAAUGCUUGAACUAGAGAGAUUUAUUGGUCUUGGUAGAGGACUUUGUUAAGUAGCAUAACUCAAAUCACUCAUGAGAUGGAGGUAAUUCUUUAGUUGUGUCUUUAAAUGGCUUGUUGGUAGUUGGUACUGAAAGAGAAAGUUGCCUGUGUGUGAGAAAAGAGCCAAUGCUUGAACUAGAGAGAUUCAUUGAUCUUGGUAAGAACAUUUCUUAAGCAGCAUAACUCAAAUCACUCGGUCGGGAAGUUGGCAAGAAGCCAAUGCUCAUUCCCUGCAGGUUAAGCACGGUGACUUGAUCCAGUGACAGUAGUUAGCUGAAGGGUUGAUUGUAUCACUAGUCCAUGCAAUGAUCUAGCAAAUGCGUCGUAUAGUGGGUUUUAUGUUCCUUAGUCUAGCCUUAAAUUCAUCAUGGCGGGAGUGCUCAAAUUCAGAUUAACUGAGAACUCCAUCUGUCUCUGCCAUUACUAUAAGGAACCUAUAUGUGCUUUUAAGAAAGCUCCACAGUCAUUACCAGUACUGAAUCUUUUCUUCUGCAGGAAAUGUGAGCGACGUCGUCUUCUCCAACAUGAACAUCAGCACAAGGUACUACCACCCAUCAUGGUGGGGGAGAGCAGAGCCCAUCUACGUGACAACAUGCCCAAGAGACUCGACUUCAAAGAAGGGCUACAUAUCGAACCUGCUCUUCGUCAACAUAACCGCUCACUCAGAGAACGGGGUCUUCUUAUCGGGCUGUGAAGGCGGAAUGCUCAGCAACCUGAGGUUCGUGAACGUAAACUUCACUUACAGAAGGUGGACCAACUUCGAUGGCGGGUUGAUAGACUACAGACCAGGAUGCCAGGGGCUCGUGAAGCAUGGCGCGGCAGGGAUGAUCAUGGAGCACAUUCAGGGCUUGGAGGUUGAGAAUGUGAGCAUGAGAUGGGCUAGUGGUGGUGCCAAAGAGGAAUGGGAUAACCCUCUGGAGUUCAGACCUUCUACUGUUAAUAACGUCUCUUUCCUCAAUUUCCAUUCCGGUGUCUAUGCACAGUGAGACGGAGAAAUGAGAUAUGGGGAAGUUUUGGGGGUAUACCUUGUUCUUGGAGGCGUGAGAGUGAGACCUUCAAUUAAUGAACACAACAGGCAAAUCAUAUUCUUUUUCACAAACCAGUGUUUGUCGUCAGUAUUUUCCCAUUUUCGUCCCUCAACUAUGGAAAAUGGUUCACUUUCAAGUUCUUCUUGCAUGCUUCUUUGCGACAUAUUCAAAAUAUGUCACGUUUGCGGUACAUUUCGAAUUUUAGGUGUAUGCAAAUAACAAUUAUCGACCAUAAAUAAUCAAUAAUAAGUUUGCAAAUUGUGACAUUGGAUAGGUUAAUUGCAGGUUGCAUUAUGUUUGUUAGGGGAAUGAGACAGUUGGGUAAAUUUACUUACGAGGCGGCCUAUACUUAGUUCUUGAUGAUUCUAGUGAUCUCUAAUAAUGUUGCAAACCUCAAAUGACCCCACUCCUAAGCUACCUUCAAAACCGAGAGCCAGUUCAAACAAAUUGCAGAAUCAAUCUAAUCAUGGUUAACUCCACCUGGCCUCCAAUACCAUCAAUGAGUAACCUACAAAUGAUACGACAGAAAUACCAAGCUGUAAUGAUAUUGGCCAUGGUAGAAAAUAUCACCAGAAUGGAUUAAUGCAAGUAAAUUACGUGCCUUUCUGGACCAUUACUCCGUUUUUCAUUUUCUUCAUGUAUGCUGCAAAUUACCUUUUGAAGAGCUGAAAAAACAACUACAUUGAGGGAUAAAGCUCACCAUAAGGCAACUAUUUAUAGUGUUAGAAUUAUUAGAUAAGUCUAAUGAGUUUACCUCAUUUGGUGUCCUUGUUCAUUAAGCAUACAUCAUUCAGUGUGUUACUUACAAACUAAAGUUAGUGACACUUAGGGAGUUAGGGUAAUCUCAGUAAACAACAUACCAAAAUCCUUUAAGCUUUCAAUGAGUACAUGGACUGAACAGUUACUAAAGAGAAAGGAUUCACCUUAGUAAUUAUGCAGCACUCAUAGCAGCGCUCCAGUUCUCUUUCGCUGCAAACGAAGCGAACCAAGGGCAUGUUUGGAAGUUAGGAUUCUCUAAAUUGAUGUAUUUAAUCAAUGUAUGGAUUAUAAUUAGAUGCAUUGUUUCAAUGUAUGAAUUUGAAAAAUACAUUGUUUGAAGAUUGAAUGAUUUUGGUGGUCCCUCAAAGAAUAAGGAACAAAAAGUAAGACAACAAUCCUUCAAACAUAAUCUCUACUAAAACUUGAGAUUUACAAUCAUUCAUAAUGAAUGAUUCUGGUGGGCCCAUCUGCUGUUCAAAUACAAGCAUUCUGUUUCAUUUUAAGCCAAAAAAACGAUGAAUUCUUCUGAUUACAUGUAUUGGCUAAAUACAUCAUCUGAAAUCCCAACUUCCAAACGAGCCAAUCAAUUGGAAAAUCCAAUGCAUUAGUUGAGGUGAGAAGAGCAUUAGUAGGCUUGGCUAUACCAGCAAGAAUUAAACCACAACAUGAAGUUGGCAACAAUUUUAAGCAUAUGUGAAGCAAUCUUACCGAAAUAAGAUGUUUUAUGGGCUGGCUCAGAGCCAAUAUGUCAUUCACUCUUGGAUAAUUAAUGUUAGAGAAAAAUAGAAGGGGUAAAUGUACUUGUAGAAGCUCCAAACAGCGUUCCAAGCAUAGCCCAAGUAAGCUGAUAGAAGAUGAGAAAAAAUUAAUAAUAGAAGCUCAAAUUAAAAGGAGUAAUAGCA